UUAUUGAAACGAUACAUUAGGGGGGGGACGAGGAGUCAGUGUUUGAGAUUAAUGAGACACCCUGUCUUGAGUGAGCGCAAGCAAAGCAGACCGGCCGAUUUCAACAUGGUUUCUGUGACUUACAUUUUCACAUGGGGCUUGUUUGCGUGCUCGCUGGCGAUACAUUUCCACGCGGGACAAAAGUCGUUUGUGGGGAGGCCGCCGAGGGAGUUGAGGGCUGAUGAGGAGCGACCCAGUUGGGAGAAGUUGGAGACGUCUGAACGCGAUGCGGCAGGACUGAAUGAACACUCAUGCCCAAGUUUUCCUGGAGUCGAGUCAGCGCUGUUAAACAACACCCACACUUUCAACUUUAAAGUGAGGACCAUGGGCUCCCUGUCACUUGCUUGGGUAGGAGAUGAAUCAGGGGUGAUUCUGGUGUUGACCACAUUCCAGGUGCCUUUGUUCAUGAUGCGAUUUGGCCAGUCGAACCUCUACAGGAGUGAAGACUACGGGAAGACGUUCAAUGAUGUGACCCACCUGAUCAACCACACUUUCAUCCAGACAGAGUUUGGCAUUGCUGUCAGCCCGGAUCACUCUGGCAAGGUGAUCCUGACAGCUGAUGUGUCUGAAAUUGGGGGAUUUCGAUUAUUUCGCUCACGAAACUUUGGCCAGACCUUUGAGACAUCGGAACUACCCUUUGAGCCCUUAAUUCAGAUGCUGUACAACCCUGGAGACAGCAACAUACUUCUGACUCUCAGCAUCAAGUUGGAUUUGUGGCUUUCAGAGGAUUUUGGCGCCACCUGGCGGAAGAUUCAUGACAGUGUUUGUCUCGUCAGAUGGGGUGCAAAGAAUAGCAUUUACUUCACGACAAACUACAACGGCUCGUGCAAUGACAAAGGAAUGUUGGAGUUAAGGAAAACAGCAGACUAUGGCAGAAGCUUCCACACAAUCGCAACAAGAGUUUACUCGUUCGUACUGGGGGGGCGCUUUGUUUUUGCCUCCAUCAUGACUGGAAAGGACACAGAGCGCAUGAUACACGUGUCUGUGAAUGGAGGAGAACUAUGGAACAUAGCUCAGCUUCCUGCAGUCAACCAUGAGCAGUUUUAUUCCAUUCUGGCAGCCAAUGAAAACAUGAUAUUUAUGCACGUGGAUGACCCGGAAGACUCUGGAAUUGGAACAAUCUAUGUGUCUGAUGACAGAGGAACUGUGUUCUCCAAGUCUCUGGAGCGCCAUCUCUACACCACCACAGGAAGUGACACUGACUUCACCACCAUUACUUCACUCAGGGGCGUUUACAUGACCAGCGUGCUCACAGAGGACGGAGCAGUGGAAACCAUGAUCACCUUCGACCAAGGAGCGCAAUGGCAGACACUGCGUCGACCGCAAAACAGCCCUUGUGACACUGAGACCUCCACUAACAGGCCAAAUAGAUGUAGACUCCACAUCCACGCCACCUACAGCACUGCCAUGAAGAUGAAUGUCCCCAUGCUGCCACUCUCCCAGCCAAGUGCAGUGGGCCUUAUUCUUGCUCAUGGCAGCGUGGGGGAUGCUGAGUCCGCUGUCAUGCCUGACGUCUAUGUGUCUGACGAUGGUGGCUACUCGUGGUUGCUGUCCCUUACAGGUCCUCAUCAUUAUGCUAUAUUAGACUCAGGGGCUCUUCUUGUGGCUGUGGAGCACACCAACUUACCUGUCAAUCAAAUCAAGUUUUCCACUGAUGAAGGACGGUGCUGGCGUACUUAUAACUUCACCAGUGACCGCUUCCACUUCAGCGGUAUGGACAGUGAGCCGGGCUCCCGCUCCUUGAAUGUCAGUUUGUGGGGGUACAGGAACGACUUUACCAAAUGGGUCGUGAUCACCAUCGACUUCAGGAAUCUCCUCACCCGAGACUGUAAUGACGAGGACUACGUGCCGUGGUUGGCUCACUCUGCUGACCCUGACAGCUCCGAUGAUGGCUGCGUGUUAGGCUACAAGGAGACCUUCCUACGUUUGAGGAAAGACUCUGCGUGCUGGAAUGGGAGGAAGUUCAGUGGCAGGCAGCGUCUGUCUCCUUGUGCUUGUACACUGGACGAUUAUCAAUGUGACUUUGGAUACUUCCGACCUGAGAACAGCUCGGAGUGCGUGGAGCAGGAGGAGAUGAAGGGCCAUCCUCUAGAGUUUUGUCUCAAUGGAACCACUGAAGAACUGCAGACCAGUGGUUACCGGAAGAUUCCAGGAGACCUGUGUUCUGGUGGAUUCCAGCCAGUCAGAAAGGAGACUGACCUGAGGAGGAGGUGCACCAGUGAUGCUCUUAAUCCAUUUUCUCUGACUGAAAGCGGCUCAGUAAAUGCUGCAGUCAUAGCCGUGGUUGUCAUAGCCAUGCUGCUGAUAAGCACUGUCAUGGGCGUCUGGGUAGUCAAGAAAUAUGUCUGUGGUGGACGAUUCCUUGUGCACCGCUAUUCUGUCAUGAGGGAACAUGCUGAAGCUAACAAAAUAGAAGGCGUUGACGACGUUGACGCCCAGUACAUGGAAACGGGAAUAGCACAGUACGACGACGAUUCAGAUCAGGACCUCUUGGAAUAAGUUGGACAUUGUAACCCCAUUCAGUCUUUAUUGAUGCCUGAGCGGCGCACUCUUGCUUGUCCCACAUGCUGAUUAACAUCUGCUUCUCAAUUUCUGCUAUCCCUGGUGGCUGGAGGACGCAACAGCAGUUGGCUGAAUUAUCCCAUGGUUGAGGUUCCCACAAAGACAGACAAGACCACAGAGACAAACCAAUGGAAUGUGGAGGGGUAGGGAGUACAAACUCAGCACAGAACAAAAGAAAGGCUCAGAAGUCCCUGAAGAGCUUUUAUUGUUUCUGUCAGGACGUUGGAGCGUCAAAUCGUGCUCUCAGAGACGGCGUUUGGCAUUUAACAAUGCACUGCAGAGGAAUUAGAUAUGUUUUAUCUUACAGUGUUAUGGAACAGUUAAGUAGAAUAUCACUACUGAAAUAAGUCCUGAAUAUUUUUUGUUUAUGUUUGGCAUCUUCAAAAUAUUUUUGAAUUCUGUACAUUUAAAACUUGCCCAUUAACACAGUCAAUGUAGACAUUUCAUUUUGUAGUUCUAGCUAAACUGGGCUUAUGUUUAAAUACUGUUGUUCAUAUAUUUACAGCUUGGAUGUUUUCUGUGUUGUAUUUUACAAUUUUUUUUUUUAUUUUUUUUUUUAGAAACAAGCACUUUGGAUGUUAUUAACAUUUAAAUGUCCGCUCCCACGGAGUCAUGAUUUUUCAUUUUCGACUCUAGACAGUUUACCUUUAUAUAUAUAUGUAUAUAUAUAUGUGUAUAUAUAUAUAUAUAUAUAUAUAUAUAUAUAUGCUUCUGAAAUAAUCACAUGGUGACACACUUUAGAUGUCAGCCUUUUAAUGCACACUGUUUGUGUCAAGUGUGGGGAGUAGCUGGACCCAAGAGCAAGCGGAGGCAGAUGUAAAAUGAUGAACAGUUUAUUGAGGAAAGGUUAUGGAGGUGGUCCUGGAUGUGUUGGCAGGCGGCGGUGUGGACAGGAGGCAGGCAGUGGACAGAACAGGCGGCUGGCUUGGUGGCAGGAAUGAUGUCGGUCAGGAACACAGGGGAGCACUGGGAACGAGAAGACACAAGAGGAUGACACAUAACAAGGGAAGCGAGGAACAGGAUACCUUACUUGACAUAAGGUGGGCCGUGGUACCGCUAGGAGAGGCUGCAAUACUUAGGCGAGGAUUUCCAGGAACAGGCAGGCUUAUAUACACCGGUGAUGAUGAGGCUGAUUGAAGACAGGUGCUGAAAACAGAGAGGGGAGGGGGGAGAGAGAGGACACAAAGCGCCCUCCCGGCUCUAAUAAUGGAACUGCAGGGCAGUAGUAUAUGACAGUUUGCUUGUUUUAUGGAUGCUAAAACUACUACAUAUAUUUUUCUUUCUUACAAAAAAAAAAGCACACUAAAUGUCAGCAAUAUAGAGUAAUAAAAUAACAUGUCAUUGUCCAGUAUUAUGCGUAACAAAUAGUUUGUUUAGUUGACUCUUAUUCUCUAAAGUUUUUGAGUGACAUAUGUGAACCAUACAAUUCUAAUGCUGAUUAAAUACAUUGAUGACAUGAUAUCAAAAAUACAAAGAAGAAGAUGAAUAUUCUGGUAUACUCCAGAAAUAUGUUGUAAAAUUGCUCUUUCAUUUAAGCGCAUUUGGACAGUCAAGGUCAAAAGGUAACCGUGAAUGAAUUUAUUUUUUCUAUUUUUUUCUCAGCAGAACCAGUCAUGUUACUGAAGUGAAAUACAAGUAUGAAAUUUGGAAUAAAUGUUGAAUUGCUCUACAAUUGUUCUUAGUGGGUAGGAAAGGUGAAGCAUCACCGAUAUUUUUCAAUCCCCAUUUUGUGCAGUGAAAACUAAAGACUUGAAUUAUUGCCAAAGCACUUUUAUUGUUUCAUUUUCUAAUUGUAGAGUAAAAUCCACGAUAGCCCAGCAAUUAACAAACAUGAAGUUAAUCCUAACUCAAAAACUUUACUUGAAAUGUCUUUUUUGUAAAAUACACCGAUUUACUGUUAUAUUUUUUAAAUAUUUCCCCACAUCAGUCAACGUGUGUCAUUAAGAUGGAUGCAGGUAAAAAAUUUUUUUGUUACGAUACAUACCCUUUAUCCAGUAUUUCUAUGAUACGGUAUGUACUGUACAUCUAAUAUUAGGAGCUGAAAUUUAACGUACAGGCAAGGUUUGUUUCCUCGAACAGAAGAUUAAUAUCACAGCAAAUAAGCUAUAUACUGUAGAGCUGGCCUGAUAGACAGGCAUUUUCUCAAGGACAGUUUGUCAGGUAUGAGAGCAGCUACACAUGCUUGAUGUCUCUUUGUAUACUCAAUAGCUAUUUACUGGAGUUCAUGAUUAACACUUUUGCACUGUAUCUACACAUCUGUGAAAAAAUAAAUAAAAAAAUGCGUUCUUGCCAAUACGUACAUAUGGUACCAUGACUGUCAUUCAUUUCUUGACAUUGCUGUGGUAUGACCAAGGAGGAAGAGUAUUUGAAAUAAAAGUAUCACAUAGCACAGAUUCAUUAACAUUUUGUAUGCAUCUUUUUAAUGAAAUUAUUGAAUUAAAUGUUAUCUCUUUCA